UUAAUAAAGGCCCAAAGCUUUUCGGGUUGAAGUUUUUAAAAAAGUGGAUGGGACUCUGUGCACCCCAAAAGCUGCCAACAGCCAAGAUCUUUUCUCGUCAUGCCAUGGCAAACCCACUCGACUCUGCACAUCCACAACAAUCCUUUCUACUGGAGACUAAUGUAGUAGCAUGCGUCGUUCGUCGGAUUCAGGCCACAAUGAAGACGGACCUGGUGGUCCUUUUGGUCCUGGUGACAAAACCCAACGUAGAAAAGGAUCAAAACCCUCGAGAGGAAACACGGCAUUGGAAGCUAAUAGUACAGAUAAUUCAUUGCCUCACUCACCGCAACCGCUAGGAACACAGCCUCUACCCCAUCGACAUAGUAGGAAAGGGAAACAAUCGAAGAGCAACCCAUCAGGGAUAUAUUCUUCAACACCACGACGUAUGGCGUCUUCUGGUAAAAAGGGCAACCUCACCACUAGAAGUCUUGAUCUCGAUGCCUUCGAUUCUGACAGUUAUGACAGCUCUGGCUCUGUCGAAGAAACUGCCACAGGAAAUGCACAAUUUCUAGGUGUAGGUGCCCGUCGUAGCAGUGCUGGGGCUGGAAGAGAGAGUCAUCGAGGCAGAGGUGGAGCUGGAAGAGAACUCCGUCGAGGCAGCAGUGUUGGAAGGGGCAUGGAGGGCCGUCGUGGCAGUGCUGGAUCAGGAAAGGAGAGUUCCCAUGGACAAUCAUCCAGUGGUUCCAAGGCUCGAGCAUCCCGUGGUGGUAAACUCAGACGGAAUAACACUGGUACGGGUGCCUUGACGUCACGGCGUCGCGUGAGCAAGAGUCCCAUCAGAAGAGCCCAUACAUCCACCAAUAUUAGCAGGCCCACAGUCGGAUCUUCCUCAAAGCCUCUCAGCAAGGCUUCAGCUCCAUUUAUGCGGACUUCCACUGGGGUUGCCACUACUUCAGUGCACAGCAAAACCUCCAACGUCAGAAAGGGUGAAACGAGAAGUAAUGCCAGCUUGCUGGACAGUGAUUCUGACCUUUCGGACCCAGACGAAGAUGACAAGAAGCCAGAACCAACAAGGCCACCUCCUAUUAGUAGUCGCCAUGCAUCUACGUCGUCAGUUCAAUCUGCGGCUCGCUCAACGGCUCACAAAGCCAUGGUAGACAGCUCCCUCCUCAUGGAACCAAUGCGGACCAAUGACACUUCUGGGGUAUCCAUCGAGUGGGAUCAGCAAAACCCCUUUGACGCUCCCACGCUGAACAAGGAUUUUUCAUUGGGAGUUCAAACCACUGAUUUGGUGCGGCAAUCGACCAUCAAUCUUGACCAAGAUGGUAGUGCAAGAAGAAGAUUAACAGCAUUAGAGAAGGAAAACGAAGGUGACGGCAAGAAGAAACCCUUCUUUUUGGAACGAGUGGCACGUAUGUGGAGAGGCAACAAGCAAAAAGGCUCUCGGUUGGGAAGUACAGCCUUGGCUGGCUUUGGCGACAAGUACAAAGUUGAUCAAAGCGUCAACUUGAUGGACCCGGAGAGUGCUGAGAAACACUUCAAAUUUGCAAGGAGGCAAAGCCGGCGUCAGAGCAAAACAUUUUCCAAAGAAAGCAUUGCAAAGCUGGGAGGAAGCAUGCAUUCCAUUUUUGACUUUGAAACUCCUGGGCUGAUUGAGCGAGCCGAGUCUGGUCGAACACCCCGAAGGCGGAAAAAAUCAACAUACAAACCACCGCCAUAUUUGCAGGACAAAACAAAAUCAGUUGUUUGUGGAUGGAGCGGAUUCCUUCUGACUUUGUCUGUUGUGGGUGCUGGCCUACUCGUUUUUUCUUUGGUUUGCGAUGGAUCUCUGGAGGGCAAAUCUAAGGUGGCUGUAACGACGACGGCAUCACCCACCACCUUGGAACCGACUAUGUCGCCUGUGGCUUCUCCAAUGACAACAGUCACAGACUCUCCUGUUGCCUUGGCCACAGAAUCGCCCCUGACGGUGACCAGUUCCUCGAUAGACAACACGACAAACAACGAAUCUACUGUGCCCCCGAAGGAAGAAACGGUCCAGGCCCAGCCUCCAGCGGCAGGAAUAUCGACACCUGGAAAGAAUGUCUCGGCAGUUGGCGAACCAGAACCAGCAGUUGUUGCCCGUAAAUCUCCAGCCGUUGCUGCCCGUAAAGCACCAGCUGAGGACCACACACCCAAGUUAUCAAUGGUUCGACGAGAAAUCUGGCAUGAUUUGGUUGGUUGGAUUUCAAGACACAACAUCAGUCAUCAUGACGACUUUUCCGAUCCUGAGUCUAGUGCCUACAAAGCAUUGGAUUGGAUUGUGGAGUAUGAUCAGACCUUGGGCAUGUUUUCGUCUGAAUCUAUGGACAAACUGUUGGAGGUUUAUUCUCUCGUAGUUUGCUAUUUUGCCUUUCACCCCGAGGCAACGGUUGGAGAUGCUCAGAAUCCAAAUGCAACGGUUGGUUGGAUCAAUCAUGGCAAACAACCAAUCUGCAAAUGGCAUGGAGUUGACUGUGACGAUGCCCAGAGAGUUGUGACAUUGAACAUGUCACACAGUGGUUUGACAGGAACUUUCCCAAAAGAAAUGGUAGCAAUGAACCACCUCAACCAGUUAGAUUUGAGCCACAAUUCAAUUGCUGGAGAGCUGCAUGAGGAGUGGCCUGACAACUGGCCAAUAAUCAAACUGAUAGAUUUGUCUGACAAUCUACUGGAAGGAGCCAUCCCAGACACCUGGAAUGAGCAGUGGAUAUCCAAUGACGAAAUGGUGAUAGAUUUGAGCCAAAAUGAGGGUCUAAACCCUAUUGAAGUGGAAGUGUAAACGUUUCCUUCCCUGAUCCCGUGGAACCUAGUCCUGAAUUUGCCUCUUCUUUCCCUACGGAUAGAUACGCCUGGAACUUGCAGGCUUCUUCUGUGGAUAACUUUCCUACUCAAACGCCCCAUCGAUCCCUAUCCUUUGUGGUAAUUUCUUCUUAGAUAUACCUAUACUUGGACUUGUAGUGGUCUUAGGCAGUCACAGACUUUGCAGUCUUUUCAAACAGAAGAUGAUGGAACCUAAUUACCCCCAGUGUAUCCAAUCACGUGAGUGGUCUGGCCCAAAAGUGAAAUAAUGCAAUGGUUGCACUUAUAAUUCCCAUCAGUAGCACUUCAGACAGCAGU